UGGAGCAGCAGCUGCUUCUUGGAUUAUACUCCAUUAGCCGACGACCUCUUUUGCUAGCUGUUCCUUUAUAGUACGAGUAUUAGUUUGGCAUUCAAACAAUUAUUAUAUAUUGAUCAUAUAUACAACACACACAGUCCAAAAUAUUAAUUAAGCUCACAAAUCCCCCUCCCUGCUAGCUGGUGGAUAUAUAAUUUGUACGUAUAGCUAGAUGGAGGCUUGAUAAGAUCUAGCUGUUUCUAAACAAAAAAAAAAAGAAAAAAGAAAAUGUCGGGUCUGAAGCAAUCAUCAGGGGCAGAGGAGUCAAUAUUAUCAUCAAAUAAUAAUAAUGGAGGAGGAGGAAAAGAAGAAGAACAGGAGGAGGGUCAUCAGUCUGUUUUCUCCAUGAAAAAUGCCUUGUGGCAUGGAGGUUCUUCUUGGGAUGCUUGGUUUAGUUGCUCGUCUAAUCAGGUGGCACAAGUGCUGUUAACACUACCAUACUCAUUCUCUCAGCUGGGAAUGGUGUCAGGGCUGGUGCUUCAAGUCUUCUAUGGGCUUCUCGGCAGUUGGACUGCUUAUCUCAUCAGCCUCCUCUACAUCGAGUACAGAACCCGAAAAGAGAAACAAGGUGCCAACUUCAACAACCAUGUCAUUCAGUGGUUUGAAGUUCUUGAUGGAUUAUUGGGACCUUAUUGGAAAGCAAUAGGACUGGCUUUCAACUGCACUUUUCUUCUGUUUGGAUCUGUGAUACAACUCAUAGCUUGUGCAAGUAACAUAUACUACAUAAACGACAAUUUGGACAAGAGGACAUGGACAUACAUAUUUGGAGCCUGCUGUGCAACCACGGUGUUCAUCCCGUCUUUCCACAACUACAGAAUUUGGUCUUUUCUUGGUCUUGGGAUGACCACUUACACUGCUUGGUACAUGACUGCUGCUGCCUUGAUUCAUGGCCAGGUUGACGAUGUUCAACACUCUGGUCCUAAGAAACUGGUGCUUUAUUUCACGGGCGCCACCAAUAUAUUAUACACAUUCGGUGGUCAUGCUGUCACCGUGGAAAUUAUGCAUGCAAUGUGGAAACCUCGGAAAUUUAAGUACAUUUACUUGAUUGCCACACUCUAUGUUUUUACAUUAACGCUUCCAUCAUCUUCGGCCGUGUAUUGGGCGUUUGGGGAUGAGCUUCUUAACCAUUCCAACGCCUUCUCCCUUCUUCCCAAGACCCGGUGGCGUGAUGCCGCUGUCAUUCUGAUGCUUAUUCAUCAGUUCAUUACAUUUGGAUUUGCAUGCACACCGUUGUAUUUUGUAUGGGAGAAGCUGAUAGGGAUGCACGAUACCAAGAGUAUAUUUAUACGGGCGCUGGCAAGGCUGCCGGUGGUGAUACCAAUAUGGUUCCUGGCCAUCAUUUUCCCCUUCUUCGGACCUAUUAACUCCGCAGUUGGUGCACUCUUGGUCAGCUUCACAGUUUAUAUCAUCCCUGCUCUUGCCCAUAUGCUUGUCUAUAGAAACGCCUCUUCUCGCCAGAAUGCAGCCGAGAAGCCUCCCCGUUUCCUGCCGAGUUGGUCAGCCAUGUACGCAAUCAACAUGUUUAUUGUUGUUUGGGUUCUGGUUGUUGGGUUCGGAUUUGGUGGAUGGGCUAGUGUGACCAAUUUUGUAAGACAAGUUGAUACGUUUGGGUUAUUUGCCAAAUGCUACCAAUGCAAGCCUCCCGUACCACCCCCACAACACCACUGAGUUGACUCGGAGUCAAAGUGACCGGGUUUUCCUCAUUUUGCAUUGUACAUGGAUGGAAUAUACUGAUAUAGCAUCAAAUUUUAAAACAUUCUCUAGCUCCCUCCCUACAUGUGAUGCGUGUUGGCGUGAUUCUUAGUUUUCUCUAGAUUUUUUUUGGGAGGUUUUUUGGUUUAUAAUUGCUUUUUUUUCGUCUUUCUAUUUCUUCAUUAGUAGUUUAGAGAUAGUGUGUUGAAUUGGAAUGAUUCCUUUGCUAGAAGAAAAGCAUACCCUCGGUUAAACUA